AUGGUCUCAAACAUCGAUGGGAAUGCAAAGUGUUCCCACCAGCCUGGUGACAUCUCACCAAUAGCGUCGGAUCAUCCUCCCACUAUGGCAUGGAUGCCGCAGUCCGACGCGUCCGACCUCCCUUCUCGGCCCCCAUUGAACUCCCAGCAGUCCAGUUCUCUCCCCUCGACUCCGUAUCAACAUGCGCGCAACCUCUCCUUUCACUCCCGGUCGCCGUCCCCCGUCCGCGGAAGCACCUCGCCUCGUUCUACCCACUCCGAGACCACUCAUCUUCCUCCUUCCGCUCGAAAACCUCUCGGAGGCUGCAAAUAUGAAACCGCUAUGGCCUACUUUCGAAGACGAAUACCAUACAGUCUCGGGGCGGAUAUAUUGCCUGAGGAGAAAGAGGAACUGAAAGAAAAGUUGGACCCGGAGGAAGAGCAGAAACUGACGGCCGAUAUCAUGGAUCUGUACGACCGAUUAUUACCCUCGGCCGAGAGUGACGAUCGACGGCGACAACUUGUUCGGAAAUUGGAAAAGCUAUUCAAUGACCAAUGGCCUGGCCACGACAUCAAGGCUCAUGUGUUUGGUUCGUCGGGGAAUAAGCUUUGCUCUAGUGACUCGGAUGUCGAUAUUUGUAUCACCACCAAUUACAAAGAACUGGAACAUGUGUGUCUCUUGGCGGAGGUUUUGGCAAAGCGUAAGAUUGCACUUAGCAGCAUUCGCAAUUUUGGCGGUGAUGGGAUGCAAAGAGUUGUGUGUGUUUCUCAUGCGAAGGUUCCGAUUGUUAAGAUUUGGGAUCCGGAGCUGAAGUUGGCGUGCGACAUGAAUGUCAAUAAUACCCUCGCAUUGGAGAAUACUCGCAUGAUUCGGACUUAUGUGGAUGUGGAUGAACGAGUACGGCCGCUAGCAAUGGGCGUUAAACACUGGACAAAACGACGAAUCCUCAACGAUGCUGCUCUGGGAGGUACAUUGAGCUCUUAUACUUGGAUAUGCUUGAUUAUCAGCUUUUUGCAGACCAGGCAACCACCGAUCCUACCUAGUCUUCAAGCACGUCCCCAUAAGAAACGAGUAACGCCGGAGGGGUUAGUCUGUUCAUUUGAUGACGAUAUGAAGUCCUUGAGCGGGUUUGGACAGAAGAAUAAGCAAUCAGUCGGAGAGUUGUUCUUUGAGUUCUUUCGGUACUACGGUCAUGUCCUCGACUACGAGCAAAACAUUAUUUCUGUGCGCGAAGGUAAUUUGAUCAACAAAGAGGGCAAGGGCUGGCACUUGCUCAUGAACAAUCGUCUUUGUGUCGAAGAGCCAUUCAAUACGUCAAGGAAUCUGGGCAACACUGCUGAUGAUACGUCAUUUCGGGGUCUACAUUUGGAGUUGCGGAGGGCAUUCAAGUAUGCCGCGAAGGCAGAUUUGGCUGGAUGCUGCGAGCAAUUUGAGUUUCCACAAGAAGAAGAGCGAACCUGGGAGCGUCCGCCACCUCAGCCACGCCCGAUCAUUACCCCUUCCUUGCCCACUCGGGGUGGACGAGGAGGUGCGCGCGGUGGCCGGUACGCCAAUCAGUUUUCCAGAGGAGGGUAUUCUGGCAGUCGGCGGACGUCGAACACGGCGAACAAGGGAAACAAUAAUUUUCGGCAACCGAGUACGACGAAUACUGGUGAUCUAUCUCUGCAAGCACAACAGCAAGCUCAAUACCUGUUACAUGAUCAGCUUUAUCAACAGAUUCAGCUUCUCCAAGCUCAAGAGCAAGAGCUGAGAAUGCAGCUGCAUAACCAAUCCCUCGUCACUGGGCGUCCUCCUCCAGUGACAUUCCUUCGUCAGCCAUUUAUCCAAUUUCCUGUACCUCAGCAGCAGGAGUACUCUUCCACAGAUGAGAACUUACGGUCAAGGUCAGGCACGGUCAACCAACCGCCGCUUACGCCUUCAUCACGACAGAAUCAGCAAUCUUUCUUCGCCCCUACCUAUGCUUCUGUUAGUGCCUCUGGCACACAAGGAAGCACAACGAAUCCUCCUUCGCCCUCCACCUCCACUGCUAUUCCUGAUCUUCGCCGAAAUCCCCGUAGGUCGUCCGCUGCGAGUUCAUCACCAAAGGGUCCUCUUCGAGCACAGUCACAACCUGCUCGCCCGCAGAUGUCGCCGAAUCUCCAAAGUUUCCCACCUCUAUAUGCAAUUCCACAACCACUGGACACCUCGUUUGGCUCUAAACAACGUCGUGCCCCGGAGGAGGAGUCAGAAGGUGGAGAUGCGAGCAGUGAUGAGAAUGCGAUGCCGCCGAACAGCCUCCCAAGUAAUGGGUCUCGCUCAGGCUCGGUGGAUGAGAACCGGUCACAGGAUCUGAUGGGCUAUGUCCUCACUCCGCAACAGUUGCAGAUCUAUCAGCAGAACUCAAUGUUAUCACCUUUGACCACAUCCAUGAGCCUGGCUUUGCAGAAUGGUUAUACGUCUUUUGUCCCGGCUCAACAGGACUAUAGAUCUGGCUCUCUUGCCUCCGAUGGACUGUCUCAAAAUCCUACGACGCCUUCGAGAACUUCGGUUUCGCAGCCACCGCCGCGCUCGACCUCGCGUCCCGCGGCUCCUUCUGAUCGGGGUCCCCUGAUCGUGGAUGGCUCGGUGCCUCCUAGCGAGAUUCGCGCAUCAUCGUAUCCAUCUGAGCUGAUCGAUCCGUACGCUGCGGUGACUCACUAUACGUCCACCUCUGACGACCAAACCAUGAAUACGCCGGCUAGUAUAUCUGAUUCUCUGUCUCAAGAUUUUCAAGAUCCUGGCCCAUUUGACCUAGAGCAGUCAUCUAACUUCUCUCGGCCGCCACCAUCAUCAUUUGAAGGGUCAAAAAUGACCAACGGAAAUGUUAAUGGUAAUGUUAAUGGCAAUCAUGAAUCCCAUCCAGAAAAGACCAACAGCCAGCCGGAACUGCUUGCCAGUCGAUUGCAGAACUACCAUCUGUCGAAUGCAGAGAAACUUGCUCAGUCGCACGCAUCUAACAAGACAAGUUCUGCCAAGUCGAACUCCACGCCCCAGGCUGCGAGCAAGGAGAAUGUCUCUCAGUCAAAGAACUCCGCAUCCUCGAAUGACAAGAACUCGAAUAGUUCACAUGGGAAUGAAUCACGGCAGCAAGGCUUGAACUCCAAACGGCGAACCAACGGCACAGAUACUUCUGAGAAGGUUAAUGGGGUGAAUCAUCACAAUAACCAUAAUCACAAGUCCAAGUCCAAGGGCCGACACGAUGGAUCGCACAAUAAUUCGUCAAAUGCGCAAAAUGAGUCUAAAGACCGACAUACGGAGCACACACCUCGCAAAUCCGGAUCCACGACAAAUGGCACAGCAGAAAAUAAUCACAGCGGGUGGCAGACGACGAAGAAGAGACAUCGCAGGAAUCCCAAAUCGACUGCCGAAUCUCGAAAUGGAGUUCAUAAUGGCCCGGAGCCUCUCCCUGCCGAUGAAUCUCUGCGGAAAGGAGGUUAG